UGCCGCUGAUAGGGCCGUAUCCAUCUCGCCAUCCUUCGGACAUCCAAAGUGGCACUAAACCAGGCGCGGGAGGGAAAGGAGGUGAAAGAGGGGUUUUCGCUUAUCUGACAUUACGCAAGCGGCGACGGGCCCGUCGUGAACACCUGAGACGGCAGGCUACACAUAGUUUCGGAUUCCACGGGCGUGCGGCUGCGACAUCGUGGCAACUGAAUUCAUCGGAACCACGGGUUCGCGGAUGUCGGAUGGCGAAGCCAGUCAAUGUCGCAGCACCAAAGAGAGACGACCUCCAUUUCUUCACGGAGGGCAGGCACACCGAUGUUGAGUUCCUGGUGGAGCAUGGCUCCGACCCACCCAAGAGCUUCAAGGCCCACAAGAUGGUUCUUGCCAUGCGCAACGAGGUCUUCGAAACCAUGUUCUACGGAAGUCUGCCCGAGAAGAACCAAGUUCGCGUCACCGACUUGCAUCCGGAUGGAUUUUCUGCUUUCCUCAAGUACCUUUACAGCCAGAAAGCCACAUUUGUCGACGUCAAGCAAGCACUGCACACGCGAACAGCCGCCGAGAAGUACAUGGAGUCGGAGCUCGUGGAAGCCUGCCACAGGUUUAUUAAAAAUUCGAUGCAGUCAACCGACGUAUGCGACGUCUUAGAAUACGCCGCAAAGAACGGCAACCUCGCAAACUUCAACGACCUUAUCAACAAGUUUCUGAAUAUGAGCGGUGUUCAAGUACUGGAGUCGAAGGCGUUCAUCGCCGCGUCAAAGGAAACCGUCCUCACAAUACUGAAGAACCCUCAGUUGUGCGUCAAGGAAUACGACGUUAUCAAGAGUGUCUACGCAUGGGCGAUUGCGUGUUGUGGAAAAGAGACUGGCGUACCUUCCACCGCUGCUCUCCAGUGGACCAUGAGGCCAUUCCUGCCGGAGCUUAGAUUCCUCACGUUGUCUCCUCUGGAGUUUGUCGAAGGUCCAGUUACGUGGAACAUCCUGACAGAGUCUGAGGCGCUGGCUGUUCUCAGUAGCAUUGUAAAACUCGGCUCGAAGGAGUGGCCAGUGGGCUUUUGCACUAAUAGGCGAGCCAGGACAGGGGUAACCUUAACCAGUGGAGUAACAAUGGGAGAUUGCGGGGUGUGUGGGAUGCCCAUUACCGCUGUGGGAGAUUGCGGGGUGUGUGGGAUGCCCAUUACCCCUGUAGCCACACAACAGCGGACCACCAAGGUUGUUCCCAGUGUUGGUGUCACCCCGAAUUUUGGGCAGUCAAAUGCAACCAGUUUUGGUUUUAGUUUUGGCAGGCAGUCAUGUUAAAGUUCACUUUAGUCAUGUCCACCUGAGCCCCAUUUUUUUUUCCUCCAUUAUAAUCCUCAAACUGCGUUGGGAUAAGGAAAUUGUCAUUGACUGACGGCCACGCGUAAACGAGUCUUUGGCUUCGUUUAGAAAUAUCUCGUUCAUUGAUCUUCAGUUUUAGCAAUUUAUUAAUUAAAUUAGUUCCAAUACCUUCAGCAAAUGGAAAAAUAUAAAAGAAAAAUAAAGUUUGUUUGCGCGUGUUC